AUGACAAGACAAGAGGAAGAUGAAAUAAACCAAAUCAAAUUCAAGAUCCAAGAUCAUUUGAUAUCGUCUGGCAACUACGAACUAAUCAAUAAACAGCUAAAAUUGCAGCUCUACGAGAGUGGCUGGUACGAUAAAGUGGCACAGAUAACAAACAAAGAACUAUCAAACGGGAACGACACCAGCUCGAAAAGGCCAAAAAGCUUGAACGAGCUAUAUACUCUGAUCAAGCCAAAGGCCGAGGAAUUAGUACCCGAUGAAGUCAAGGAGAACAUCAUACGAAAGAUUGAGCAAUAUCUUGAUGGAAUUUUGGAAACAUAA